UUAUUUAGAAAAACUUGUGGAAUAUUUGCAAGGACGUUUACAAAUUAAAUAUAGUUGCGUUUAUUUAAUCAACACUCAACAGCCUUCUUCCGCCCUACAUAACUAUGAGAUAAUCCAGUGUCCAGAGAUUUCUCAAUGCCCAGAUACGACAACUUACGUCUUUAGUAAAAGCAGAUGAGCUGGAGAGAGUCCAAUAGAGCAACGUGAUUGCGAGAUGAGACAUUCCUUAAUUUAAAAAGCUUGCAUUCAGUUGAAAUUCCUGCCGUUGGCAAGUACUAAAGUUAACGAAAGUUAACGGCGUAUGUUGAAAGUUUCCGUGCCACAAAACAAUUUCAAAAAUGGAAGUCGACGAUAAUCAGACCGUUGAUUUGGAUCCGGUAGUUAAAGAGAUUCCCAUUUAUCUAUCGAAGCGUCUAGAGAAACAGCUCUAUGUGUUCCAAUAUCCAUUCAGGCCGAAGCUCUCUAAAACUGAACUGGCCAUUGAGAAAUCCUACCUGAAACCGGACAACAAAGAAGUGAAACUGGAGAUGGGAAUUGACACUAGUUCCUCUAAUUUUGAUAUCACCAAAGCAGAGCAGAUAGCCAUGGAGGUAGAUGGAAUGCAGACUGACAAGAACAAAGAUAAGGAGGUUGUGUUUGAGAAUGAGUACAUGGACAAAAUUAUAUUGACAUCAAGCAAUGUGGUGCAGAACACAGAUAAAUAUGCUAUUGGUGUCUUCAAUGGUAAGGAGUAUCACAUAAGUCCUCUGGAGGGGUUUCUGCAGAUGAAACCUUGCCUGGAUUACUUGAAUAAGGUCAAGAGAAAGAGGGACACUAAUACAGAUGAUGAAGAUGAUCCUGAGGCUGGACCAAGUGCAGCCGAAGCUGUCACAGUGAAAUUUUCAAGGAACAGAAAUGAUAAGCAAAUGAAAUCUAGGGAUGUCAGUUAUAAGAAGCUGAAGGAAAAAAGAGAUGCUGAAAGCUGGAUUGAAUGCAAGUGGAAUACAAGCACCAGCUCAACCAGUGAGAUUACCAAGCAGAAACUAUUUUCAGAGUGCUUCGAUGAUAUUGGUCAGGGGAUAAAUGUGAAACCCUCAGAGUAUAUUAAAAUUUUGGUGCCUGAUGAUAAAGAGGAAGCCAUUAUUAAACCUUCGCUACCCUCAAAUGUUGUCUCUUUGCAUGCAUUGAGAGCAUUGCCAUUGUUGGAACAGUGCAGGUUACUUUUGAAAGAUGCAAAAAUUAUACAAUUUCAACAGCUCAUUAUUUUGUUGGCUGGCUGUGAUGGCGCGACUUCUGAAGCGUUACUGAAGACUUUACCUCAAGUUGCUGUUUUAGUUCGCGGUAAUUGGAUAGUAAAAUCUGAAAUUUUGUAUCCGCAAGAUACGUUUUCGGCUGUGGGCGGUGUUCCAGCUGAACUCAUGUGUCGAUCUCGUGAUUAUGUGUUAUAUUUAUUUACUAAGAAGCAAUUUAUAACAAGGAAAGAGGUCUGCUUGCGUUUACCAAUCGAAGAGAUUAAGGAAAUAUUUACGGGGAUUUCGAAAUUGGAUCGAAGCAAACGCUGGUCUUUGGUGCUUCCCACUGACACAGAUUUUAUGGGAAAGCACUUCGAAGUGGUUGAAAGGCAGCAGGCGCUUUGGGAACAGAGAGUAAAGCAACUGGAGAGCUUCAUGGAAUGCAAGGAAAAGGAGAAAGAGAAGAAGCAUCGGCGGAAGAGUAAGAGCGUCUGCGAGGAAGCGCAGAGCAAAGAAUCCGACCUUGACUCGAGCGUGGAAAAGCCGACGUCGCCGGAAGCGGUUCGGAAGAAAAAAGCCAAAUGAUAUUUCUACAACAUAGGAUUAUUGUAAUGAAAUUGAAGACUUAUUAGUAUGUUAUCUAGUCUUUGCAAUUUCGGAAGAUUGGAAUCCAGUUCCUCUUUAUUUUUCUACGGAGAAAAGAAAGAUACAAAUUGCUGUUAUUUUUGUAUGACUUGUAUUAUUAUUGCCUUUACAUUUUAACUUUUUUUGUGAUAUUAAUGUAAAUCGAUUACGUUUUUUUUUUCUAAACUCAGCUAUUUGUUUCAUGUCGAAUGUAUUAUAUUAAGAUAAUUAUAUGAAAUACACUAUAAUAUAUUUAUG